AUGAUGUCCGUCUACCAUGAUGUGCGGCUACCUCUCACAUUAGCUUGGCAUGACACCUUUCAAAACGGUCAUCUCAUUCAAAACGGAUUGAUUCCGACAUGGAAGCCCUUUGGGGAGAUUCCCUGCCCAUACUACGAGCCAUUUCAACACCAACCGAUUGCUAGUUGUUUGUUAAUAGAUUACAUCACCUUCUUUAAUUUAGAUUCCCCUUCCUCUUAA